GGAGUAGUUAAUGUUAAAGAAGUAAUUAAUGUCAGGGAAAUAAUUAAUGUCAGAGAAAUAGUUAAUGUCAGAGAAGUAGUUAAUGUUGAGGAAAUAGUUAAUGUUGGAGAAGUUGUUAAUGUCAAAGAAAUAGUUAUUGUCAGGGAAGUAAUUAAUGUCAGAAAAACAUAUUGUUGGGGAAGUUGUGUCAGGGAAGUUUUGUUGGGAAAAAAUUUAUGUCGGGGAAGUGUUGUCAAGGAAAAAAUUUAUGUCAGGGAAGUGUAG